UUUUCAACCUGAUUUCCCACCACCCUUCUUUGUCAAGCCCCGCUCUCUCUCUCUCUCUCUCUCUCUCUCUCUCUCUCUCUGACAAUGGCAAGUGCAGAGAUUACUCAGUUGCGUCGCCAGGCUGCUUACAUAAAAAAGUCCCUUUUUGAGCAGGGUUAUCUGGAUGGGCAGUUUCUUCAGCUGGAGGAGUUGCAAGAUGAUACAAAUCCUAAUUUUGUGGAGGAAGUUGUAACCUUGUUCUUCAAGGAUUCAGCUAAAUUCAUAGCUAACAUUGAGGCAGCAGUGGAGAAGACCCCUCUGGAUUUUAAGAAGCUGGAUGCAUACAUGCACAAAUUCAAGGGCAGCAGUUCAAGCAUUGGAGCUCUGAGGGUGAAGAACGAGUGCACACUUUUUAGGGAGUAUUGCCAGCAAGGAAAUGGAGAAGGAUGCCUUAAGACUUUCCAGCAAAUAAAAAAGGAGCAUGCUACUUUGAGAAAGAAGCUCGAAACUUAUUUCCAGUUACUAAGACAAGCUGGACCGUAUGAAACGGCAACCUCCUCUCAUUGAAAGUGGCCCACCCCAGGCGACAGUGAAGAUGAUAGAUACUAGAAUUACAGUUUCGCGAGCUUCUUCUUUUUUUCUUUUUUUUUUUCGUUUUUUUCAGUAAAUGUAACUUAAGUUGUUAUAGAUAGCGUACUUUAAUCUAAGCCUUUGAAGUUUGGUUUUGAUAUACUGAAUUUUUUGGGGAUUUAAUCCUGUUUGGUUUUGGUAAGUAUCUUUCUACACUCCGUGCCUCGAGAAAUACCAUAAGUACUAUGACGUGGCAC